UGCGCAGUGGGGAUUGUGAGCGGCGAGUCGCGGCGAUCGAAGACCCGCGCCUGGCCUGAGCCGAGCCCCGCCGAGUCGCCUCCCCGUGCAGCCGAGCCCGCCCGCGGCUCGACACGCCGAGCCGGGCACGCCGAGACACUGCCCAGCACCACCCAGCAGAGUCCCGCUCCGCUGAAUCCCACCGAGUCGUCUCCUCCACAGGACCGGGCCUUGAGGCCCCCACCCUGUGCUGGGAGCCGGCCCCGCUCGGCUGCGCGCCGCCGCCGCCGCCGCCGCCUCCUCGCCCGGGCCCCGCUGGUCGCGCGCGGCCCCCUCUAGGAUCGCGGCGCACCAUGGACCCGUCGGGCAGCAGCAUGUCGGGCAGCAUGUCGGGCAGCAUGUCGGGCUUCUCUCCCAACCUCGGCUCGCAGCAAGGUGGGAUGACGCCUGGGAUGCCGCUCUUCAGUCCCAUGAUGCCCUACGGGACGGGCCUCACCCCACAGCCCGUGCAGGGCUCCUCCAUGGGCAUGGCGGACGAUCAACAGCAGCCCCAGGCUGGGACAUCGCAGCAAGACAAUGGAGCCUCACAGAUGCAAGUUUACCAGACACAAGGGAGCAGCACCACCACAGCCCUGCCUGGCUGCGCCCCCCUCUACCAGUCUCCCAUGACGCCCAUGACUCCCAUGACACCUAUCACGCCGGCCUCUGAGAGCUCGGGUAUCGUUCCACAGCUACAGAACAUAGUAUCCACAGUCAACUUGUGUUGUAAGCUGGACUUGAAGAAAAUUGCACUUCACGCGAGAAACGCCGAGUACAAUCCCAAGCGCUUUGCCGCGGUGAUCAUGAGGAUCCGUGAACCCAGGACCACGGCGCUCAUCUUUAGCUCCGGCAAGAUGGUGUGCACAGGUGCCAAAAGUGAAGACCAGUCCCGUCUGGCAGCACGCAAGUACGCACGCGUUGUACAGAAGUUGGGCUUCCCCGCCAAGUUCCUUGACUUCAAGAUCCAGAAUAUGGUGGGCAGCUGCGAUGUCAAGUUUCCUAUCCGCUUGGAAGGGCUGGUGCUUACACACCAGCAGUUCAGCAGCUACGAACCGGAGCUCUUUCCUGGACUCAUCUACCGCAUGGUGAAGCCUAGGAUUGUGCUGCUCAUAUUUGUGUCUGGAAAGGUGGUGCUCACAGGUGCCAAGGUACGCGGGGAGAUCUACGAAGCCUUUGAAAACAUCUACCCUAUUCUGAAGGGCUUUCGAAAAACAACGUAACAUAAAUCAACUGGGAUGGAAACAAUAAAACCCAGAAUUCCUCACCAGUGAUCUGUCAAGCACAAGUCAUGGAGGCUUAAGUAUUGCCUACAGAUCGGAUCUGGAUGUACAUUUGUCUAUAACACACUUUUGUACUUUAAUAUGAAGACAAUGUUAGCGAUCAUUUUACAAACGCUACCUACGUCGGGUUUAGCUUUCCGACACUGGUAGCAUUUGGAUGUUUAUUUGCCACUUGUUUCUUUUUAGACUUUUUUUUUACUUGUUUUCAAAUUUAAUUUUACAUUUCUGCCUACGUUCCAAAGAAACAAGUGUGACUGAAUGUUGUGGCAUGAUGUGGAAUCUACUUUGUUCCUCACUCCUCGGACAGUGUAAUAGGCCUGCAAUUACUAAUAAACUCAUUGUAACACAUUCUCUUGCAAUAUAUUACUGUAAAUAAUGCGAAGGCAUACCAGAACAUUGCCUAUACCUAUUACGCACAGGUAGAUUUGAAGCCUGCCUGAUUGCUGUACUGGCUGUGGUGUCUAUAAGGGGCAGUAUUACCAGCAGGUUAUUGACAAGCUAUCUGGACAGAGAUUUAAGUGUUCUCACGUGGGACUCGAGACACACUGACUUUUUCACAAGGUGAGACAUAAAGUCGCUUCUGAAAGCAACCUGUAAUGAGUACAUUGCAGCAUACUUGCAACAGAAGAACAUGCAGAGCUAAGGGAUCGACAGUUCUACAGAGAGUAAUUGAAAUGCUUAACGGAGUUGAACACAACUCUCAAGCAUGCAAAAAAAUCGAAGCAUAUCAAAUGUAAAAACAUAUCACCAUCAUAAAACAAUUGCUCUUGGACAUACCAUAUAAAGUAUCCAGUUUGUCACAUCCAAUUUAGAGGGAAUAAAUGUUGACUGCAAGUAGGGACGUGGGUUGUUUCCAGAAUGCGCUGCGUACUUGAGUGAACAUUCUUCAAAUCUCGUGCUAACUUUUGGUACAUGGAAGUGGGACUUUUGUAUUGAGAUUUACAUCAGGUGAAGUCCAGUAGAGUAAUACCCCGGUUUACGUUGGGGAUGCGUUUCUGAAAGGUGCGACGACAAAUAUCGAAACCACGUUAAUGGAAGCGAUUUACAGGGUGAGCUGUGGAAGCGGAAGGCUGAGAGGCGACGGGUGCUGUCAGAGACGUAAGUGUGGGCUGAGACGGCGCAAAUCGGGCCGUGCUAUUAAUAAAGUGACCGUAUUUGGGAAACGACUUAGAAGGGGGAGACGUACAUCGGAGUAUUUUCUGUAUAAGCACACAAGGUAAACGUACAAGUAGAUCUUGAUUGAUUUGAAAACAUGUCAACCAAUUUAUUUUUCUGUCGGAACAAGGAAAGGUAACGUGGUUUGGAAUUGAAUCGCAUUCAAGAACAGCAGUCGUUAUUUAGAAUCGUACACAUGGUG